AUGUACAUCCAAUUGCCCCUAGGUCACAAAUGCCGUGCGGAAAAAUUCUUACACAUUCGUAGAUUUGUGUCUACAGAGGUACUCAGCGCAUGGGUAUGCAAAGGAGUCAACAACUUCUUUCCCCCAGAAUUCGGGUUUAUUCUGUCGAGGAAUCUAAACGGCACCUUCGGAUGCGAGUAUCAUCGAGGUGAAGAUGGGGAGAUCUUGGCUUAUGAUUCUUGGAGCUUUUUCAAACUUAAGAGAAUCUGGAAAAAUCUCGAGACCUCUGGGAUAUGUGAUGAAUGGAUGCAGUUCGCUAUCUUUGUACGGAAGGACUGGGUCACUUCAAAACAACUGGUCGUGUUUCUGGAUUUUCCAAGGUACCUAAUGCCCCAACUACAGAUCUCGCUACGCUCCAUUCACACGAGCGAUCCAUAUGGGUGGCAUGCUAUAUUCGUUGGUGAGAUGCGGAAACUUUACGAUCAAGCUAUAUGGGAUCUCCGUGGUAUGGUUUGGGAAGUUGAAGCAGUAAGUUUGAUUUUCUGA